GUUGCGAUUUGCUUAUACCUAGUUACGACCUACCAUAGUUCCAUAGUUUUUUAAUCACACUACCUAUAACCCAUUUCGAUCUGAUAAUGGCUUAUUAUCUCCAUUAAUAUGCUAAUCUCAACUCGGCGGGUUUCUCUGCCAUCUCGUCUCGGUUGCGGAGGUAUGCGUAUAGUGAGUGCUAUGUUAUUCAGCGGUUUUCCGUACAUACGUUUAGACACCAACGCAUCUAUCAUAUCUAUCAUAUGAAAGGAAGUAAGGCAAUAUAUCUACACUACAUGUCACAUAAAUCAUAAAGUAGUGACAUCACCCAUGGCCUUUAGUAUAUCAAGGAAGCAGCUCCCGCAAACAUUCUUAAGGCUCAGCGCCACCCGUCAAACAAAUUCUAGAUUUCUCUCAGUAUCCUCUAUCAUCUCCGAUAACCACUUCGCCGCCACUACUGCAUCAUCGCCUCGCCGAUCUACCGGCUCUACGAAAUAUUAUCAACAGUCCAGAGGUUUUACGCAUACGAGAAGCAAGAUGGCCACUAACAACGCUGCCUGGAUUAAAGAGGCGAAAGCUCACCCUUUCGUGGUCGAGUCUGCUCCCGUUUGGACCCCCGAGGCUAAUGAAGUUCUUGUGAAGAACCAUGCAGUCGCUAUCAAUCCCGUCGAUGGCUCCCUCCAAGCCGCCGGGUGGUGGCCUCUCGACUACCCUGCCGUGCUAGGCCAGGAUGUUGCCGGUGUUAUUGCUGCUGUUGGCUCUGGUGUCACUGCCUUCAAAGUCGGCGACCGUGUUGUUGGCCACGCUCUUGGCAUGGCCAGCAAGCGUAGACAAGAUGGUGGCUUCCAAGAGUACACAAUUCUGCAGACUAACGUAACAACCUUACUCCCCGAUAACAUCCCCUUUGAGAAGGCUGCAGUGCUACCUCUGGCUCUAUCUACUGCCUCCUGCGCUCUCUACCAGGAGACCCACCUAAAGCUUCAGCUCCCUACCGUCCCCCCGCAAAAGCCAACGGGUAAGACGUUGAUCGUCUGGGGUGGUUCCUCCGCAGUUGGAAGCAAUGCCAUCCAACUCGCUGUCAACUCCGGCUACGAAGUCAUCACUACCGCCUCCCCUAAGAACUUCGACUACGUGAAGAAGCUAGGCGCCAGCCAAGUCUUCGACUACUCCAGCCCCACCAUACAGGAUGACUUAAUUAACGCCCUCAAGGGCAAGACGACCGCCGGCGCUCUCGACUGCAUUGGAGGUCCACCUCAAGGGAUUCUUCAACAGGUCAUCGCCAAAUCCGAAGGCGUGAAGGCUGUGGCUUCUACCAAGCGGGGUUGGCCCGAGCCGCCGGCGGGCGUUACCAUGUACGCCAUCUUUGGCACCUCCCUUAGUGGCAAUUUUGUUGGAAAGGCGAUUUACAACGACUUCUUACCUGCGGCGCUGAAGGAAGGUACUUAUGUACCAGCGCCCGAGCCAAAGAUCGUCGGCAAGGGUGUUGAGAAGAUCCAGGAGGCUGUUGACCUGAUCAAGAAGGGUGUCUCGGCCACUAAAUUGGUUGUCACUCUGUGAGUGGAUGUAUACCCGCAUAAGUUGAGACAGGCGCACGAUGGAGGGCGCCAUGAAACCUUGAAGGUAUCGCUAAACUGGCACAUAUCUCACUACCUACUAUGAUGCUAUCGGCGCCAUGUAUUGGUAGUAGACUUGAGUCUAACUGUCGAAAAUAAAUACUAGAUAUAGGAAGCAGAAAAUUCAACAAGUUGACAUGUGCCCCAACGUCCCGCUUUACAGGUCUCGACCAUUAUGUAGACAUACCUUGCUUUCUUACAACUCGAUUCAUUGCGGCAUAGUGCUGUGAUGAUGGGAUUUUGCUUCUCUACGCUGUGUGGUAGAGAAAUUUUUCAUGAGCAAGGGUUAUG